CUGUUAGGCAGGUGUCUUCCGUCCCCACUGCUCUUGACCUGCGGAGUGUGGUCUGCCCCAGCUCCUCGAAUGGAAGCAUCAUCCUGAAGUGAGUGGAAGGGCUGGAGGAAGGACGCGGAGUGGAAACAAGCUAACUUUCCAGGACCUGCACUGUACAAGAAUGAGUAUUUCUUCCAGCAUUCUAUAACUAGAGUAUCCAGGUCAGUGCAGACUUGAUCAUGGGAGCCAACACUUCAAGCAAAGCACCAGUGUUUGAUGAAAAUGAGGACGUCAGCUUCGAUCACUUUGAAAUUCUGCGGGCCAUCGGGAAGGGCAGCUUUGGCAAGGUCUGCAUCGUGCAGAAGAAUGAUACCAAGAAGAUGUAUGCCAUGAAAUACAUGAAUAAGCAGAAGUGUGUGGAGCGCAAUGAAGUGAGGAAUGUCUUCAAGGAACUCCAGAUCAUGCAGGGCCUGGAGCACCCUUUCCUGGUGAAUCUGUGGUAUUCCUUCCAAGAUGAAGAGGACAUGUUCAUGGUGGUGGAUCUGCUACUUGGUGGGGACCUGCGUUAUCACCUGCAGCAAAAUGUCCACUUUCAGGAAGACACAGUGAAGCUCUUCAUUUGUGAGCUGGCCAUGGCCCUGGACUACCUGCAGAGCCAGCGCAUCAUCCACAGGGAUAUGAAACCUGACAAUAUUUUACUGGAUGAACAUGGGCAUGUGCACAUCACAGACUUCAACAUUGCUGCUCUGCUGCCCAAGGAGACUCGGAUUACCACCGUAGCUGGCACCAAGCCUUACAUGGCUCCUGAGAUGUUCGGCUCCAGGAAGGAAACAGGCUACUCCUUCGCUGUUGACUGGUGGUCCCUGGGGGUGACAGCUUACGAGCUGCUAAGAGGCCGGAGACCAUACCAUAUCCGCUCCAGUACUUCCAGCAAGGAAAUUGUGAACAUGUUUGAGACGGCAAUUGUAACUUACCCUUCUGCUUGGUCACAAGAGAUGGUAUCCCUUCUGAAAAAGCUACUUGAACCUAAUCCAGACCAACGAUUUUCCCACUUGACUGACAUUCAGAGUUUCCCUUACAUGAGUGACAUGAACUGGGAUGCAGUGCUUCAGAAGAGGCUCAUUCCAGGCUUCGUUCCAACUAAAGGCAGGCUCAAUUGUGACCCUACUUUUGAACUGGAAGAAAUGAUUUUGGAAUCCAAACCUCUUCAUAAGAAAAAGAAGCGCCUGGCCAAAAAAGAGAAGGAGAUGAGGAAAUGCGACUCGUCUCAGACCUGUCUUCUUCAAGAGCACCUUGAUGCCGUUCAGAAGGAAUUUAUAAUUUUCAACAGAGAAAAAGUAAAAAGAGACUUUAAUCAAAGACAAGCAAAUCUAGCCUUGGAACAAGCCAAAAACAACCCAGAAGAAGAAAAUGGCCAGAAUAACAAUCUGUGAAGCUUCGUCAUCUUCGGGGGACAGUUCUCGGCACCUGGCCAGAAACUUCUCCUUAUUGCAUCCAGAAGAGCUAACAGCAGUCCUUACCUCUCCACACCUCAUGACUUAGAGAAUGUGAAUGAAUAUCCUUCCAAGGUGGCAACACUCUACAGUGAAGGGAGCCCUGGUUCUGAGCUCCUCAGAUCUGACUGCUCCACAUUGAGCCUGUGACCUUAAGCCAGUCAUUGAACAGUCAUUGAACUUCCUCCUCUGUUUUAGGUCACUGCUUGGAAGGUAGAGAGUUCUGUCAGCCUUUAGUCUGUUAAUGCCACAGUUACUGUUCUAAACAACCUUUAUUUUCAUUUUCAGAUGAAUAUUUCAGUGUAGAUUUAUUUUUUCAUUCUUUUUGAUGACAUUGUGAAAAUGGACACUGUAUGCAGUGAGCCUCUUCAGGGCUAGAGAAUAUCACACAGAGGCCCGAAUUCCAUGGCCUGGUUAGACAGGAAUAGAAUAUUCCAUCAAUAAUAAAUAUGGAGGUCAGAUUCGGAGUAGACUCUUAGGACCUUGCAGGGGGGACCUUUGUUGACACAGCAUCUGUUAGCAAGGACCUAUUGUGCACAUGGCCUCUCAACUUCUCUUCAGGGAUAUGGCCUUGCUCAGUUGAACUUGGUACUGAUAGAAGGAGUACCAAGCAGAAGUUUAAUAAGCACUAAGCAGAAGUUUAGUAAAUGCUGCAAGCUGUGAUAUUUUCAGCAUGGCAGUUGUACAAUAUUCGAAUCUAUUUGCCAAUCUCUGGUAUGCCUGUCCCUUGAGCACCGAUUUUCCUCAGGAUUGUCAGAGACCUGCUUCUGGAGAGGGUCAGAGAGUGCUGCCCCAAUGAUGGCAAGUUUGCUUCUAACAGUUCAGUGACGUCAUACCUCACAGGAGAGUCACCUUGCAUGUUAAAAUUGGAAGCUGGUGAAACUUCCCCUUGAGAAACUCCUAACUCCACAUGGCGCAAGGAAAGGAAAACUUAGCCAGCCCGUUGCUUUUCUGUCAUGAAACGUGUCACUUUUUGUUUUGUUUUGCUUUGUUUUGUCUGGUCCCUUACUUUUCAUAUUGGCCAGCUAAAAUAUGGAACAAUUCACACAUGACCACAGACUAGAAUUACAUUUAAAGCAACAGGAUGCUUACAGAUCCCAGAGGUCAAGUUCAGGUACCCUAAUGUCCCCACAUUAUACUCACUGUGACAUGGCCAGCAGGAGUUGCCUAGCUACUUAAAACAUUACUGAUGUCUCACUCUUUCCCGUCUUCAUAUUUCAAUUGUAUGCAAAGUGUAAUUCAUGUAAAUGUGCGUGUCACGUAACUACACUGUACUGAUGCAAAUGAAAUCUGGAAGGAUCUCUUUGGAUGUCUUACUGGUGCCAUUGGGUAGAAUCAAGAAGGAUGUGGGCUUUAGAAAGCAUUGUUUUCAACUCCUGAAACCGGAGGCCAUCUAGUGGUCAUCAUGAUGAUA